UAAUUCGAAUACUUACUUGUAACUGUUCGCCGUUGCGGCUUGCCCUCAAGUUUCAUCGCCUUCCCCUCCGCAUAACCAUGAUUCUCCGGCACCUCAUAGCUCAGUCAUUACCUUCCAACCUGUUCUCUUUACUUUUGUUAUUAUCUUCUACAGUCUAUGUAACGGCAGAAGACUUUGAUUGCCAUGUCACGACCGAAGGGUUGACCUGGGACCUUACGCAGCUGAAAGGUGUGCAGACACUGAGCAGGACGAGAGAGUCGCCGCCUACAACUAUGUUGGAUGAGCUCAGAUUUAGUCUGUGCGACGACUUGCCAACGUUGGAGGAUGUGGCAGAAGGGGACCAGUGCUUUUCUGGGACAAGGGCAUGUUUGAGGACGAAGAACCAGAAGGAAGGGUACGAUGACCGGGUGAUUGCUGUCAUACCUGUUGCGCAGUCGUCUUCACUUGGCCCGGAAUAUAAAUCCCUUACUUCACCGAAAGGUCUUUCCUUGACAUUUCACGGAGCCUCGUAUCCCUCCAACGAUCCAAUACCACAAUCCAUACAGUUCUCCCUCUUGUGUGCCGACACCACAGACCCUACAUUCGUCGCUUAUGAGAACGGAACAGUACAUGUCGAGUGGAGUACACCCUCCGGGUGUUCAACUGCUGAGCAAUCCCCACCACAAGAGGAUGACAAGACUGGUGAUGGAGGCAGCAGCGAUAGUGACGAGAAACCAACGGAGAGCGUGGGCAGUGGGCUUGGAUUCUUCUUCAUUGUCUUGCUUCUUGCAUUUGCAGCGUAUUUCGGACUAGGAGCAUACUACAAUUAUUCUACAUAUGGUGCUCGCGGCGUGGAUCUUAUACCACAUCGAGACUUUUGGCGCGAAGUGCCAUAUAUGUUACAAGACGUCGUAUCUCAUCUAUGUUCGACAGUUCGACCCCGGCGGUCGAGCCGUGGAGGGUACAUCGCCGUAUGAUGAUUGCGUUCUGUUUCCUGGGACAUGCCUUUUCUAUUCAAGCAUUUCAGAUAUAGACGCGGCACAUACUUUUUAACCUAAUUACCCUAACUCCUUUAUGUGUUGGACUACGCUGGACACAGAAAGGAGGUGCGAGGUGAAUAAAGAUGUAUCGUCCUUCUGAAACCGACGCAGAUGAAAUCCACGCAGUCCAAUUAAUCAGCAUCACUAUUGCGCCUGUUCACAAUUACUCCUAGUCGCAAGCAUUCCGUCUCAUCUCAUAUAACGACCCCGGGCUCGUCGGCUUUUAAUCUAGU